ACAGAUAACAUUUAUUGGAUAUAGAAGAUCCCAACUUCCUUGACAGUUCCAGUAUCCGCCCACUGUCAACACAGAGAUCCGCCGGAGUCUCCACCUGAAUCCAGGAAAGCUCUUCAGACUGAAGGCGCCCAGGUGUUGCGCUACUAUACUCUAUUUGGAAACGAAAAACAAAAACUAAAAGAAAAAACUGCGAGCCACACUAGACUGGAAGCUUUGUUUUUAGAAUUUUACUGCGUUUAAUCUGGUAACUAUGCAGGGUAAAGGCACUUUUAUCAGCCCCUUUCACAGACCGCGGUGUCUGGCGGCAGCGGCACCGGCUGGGAAAGCGAAAUUAACUCAUCCGGGAAAAGCGAUUCUGGCAGGUGGAAUCGCAGGUGGCAUAGAGAUCUGCAUCACCUUUCCCACAGAGUAUGUCAAGACCCAGUUACAGCUGGAUGAGAAGGCCAAUCCACCAAAAUAUAGAGGAAUAGGUGACUGUGUGAAACAGACAGUACAGAGUCACGGUAUCAAAGGGCUGUACAGAGGUCUCAGCUCUCUGCUGUAUGGAUCCAUACCCAAAUCUGCUGUCAGGUUUGGGGUGUUUGAGUUCCUCAGUAACCACGCCAAGGAUGAGUCCGGUCGACUGGACAGCACCAAAGGCCUGCUGUGUGGGCUUGGAGCCGGGGUCAUGGAGGCUGUUCUGGUGGUCUGCCCAAUGGAAACAGUCAAGGUUAAAUUCAUUCAUGACCAGACAUCAGCCAACCCCAAAUACAAGGGAUUCUUCCACGGAGUCAGAGAGAUGAUCAGGGCUCAAGGAUUAAGAGGGACAUAUCAGGGUCUAACUGCAACAGUCUUGAAGCAAGGCUCCAACCAGGCUAUUCGAUUUUUCGUGAUGACUUCUCUCAAGAACUGGUACAAAGGUGAUAACCCCAACAAAGCAAUAAAUCCACUGGUGACUGGACUCUUUGGAGCCACAGCAGGAGCAGCCAGUGUAUUUGGAAACACUCCACUAGAUGUCAUCAAGACAAGGAUGCAGGGUCUAGAAGCACAUAAAUAUAAAAGCACGCUGGACUGUGCCAUGAAGAUCUUGAGAUAUGAAGGGUUGGCAGCGUUCUAUAAAGGAACAGUUCCCCGGCUUGGCCGUGUAUGUCUUGAUGUGGCCAUAGUUUUCAUCAUCUAUGAGGAGGUCGUAAAGGUUCUGAAUAUGGUCUGGAAAACAGAAUAGGAUCUUGAUGAUAGCAGUGUCAGGCCACUGUGAACAUCACAAAGAUUCUCAAUGAGUCUGCGGCCAAGUCAUGUGUGAAAACAAUGAUUUGUGUUCCCUGACCUGCUCUUUCACUAUAUGAGCCUGACAAAUCCUGGCAUUGUCAUCUUGGAAUCUGACCGUGCUAUCAGGAAAGAAACAAACAUUACUGAAAAAACCUGGAGGAUAUUCAGGUCAUGUGCUGACGUCAUUAUUUGGGCAAGUAAUGCUGCUGAAACUCAAACUGCUCAGAUCAUAACACUGCCCCCGUGCGAGGCAUUCGCCAUGAUGUAUGCAUCACUUCAUCCGCCUCUUUUCUUACCCCAGUGCACCAAUGACUCUGGAACAGGGACCUCAUCAGACGACAUGCCUUUUAUUUAUUUAUUUUUUACAAUGCUCCAGAGUUAAAUUGUUAUCCUCCUGAAGUGGCAUUAAAUGAAGUUCACGACCACAGGAUAUCACACGAUUCUUUAAGAAAGAGAAAUUACUCACUGCAUCAAUUAGGGUUCAAUCUAUUGCCAUCUGAAACUUCACUAUCUGUCCAAUGGAAGGAUGCUAACUAUUUGCUUCAUUCCAGGUGGUGACUUUUUUUUUUCUGGGCAGUAAUUGUUUCUUAUACAAAUUUUUGGAUGAUUGUUGGAAAUCAGUUUGUUCAGUUUCCAGCGUCAUUCUGUUUCAGUGCCAUGUUUCAUUCAAAGUUGAACUCCAUGUGCCUUUUGCGGGUGUGUUUGUUGGCGAAAACAUCUUGACCAGUAUCCUCAUGCAUUAUCCAGCUUCACCAGGGUGGCAGUAAUUUCUGUGGUGGUUAAAACGGUUAACGUUUACAUAACCAACAUCAUGCCAUCAAAUCCA